CCACAGGCACACCCUUCAGGAAAAACCCAUCUCUGCAAAUUCAGAAACAAAGGAUCCACAGGCACACCCUUCAGGGUUUCUAUGGCUUGCAUUGCCUACCAUGUCCGAACUGGGAUGAACUUUCCUCAAUAUCGAUCGGCAAACGCAUUCUCCGAGAAUCGCCUUCGCUUAUUCGAGAACCGGGCAGUCCUUUUCUCUGGCGAUCGGAGACAGAGCUUUCUCCAAUCCUUCAGCGUUGGAAAAUGCCGUCUAUCAUUGUCUAGUUUGCGUUCAUCAGCAGGAGCAUUGAAGAGCAUCAAGGAGAAUUCGGAGCGGUCGGGCUUUGGCCUUGAUGAGAGGGUUCCUGAAGAGAGGGUGGUAGUGUUGGUCAUUGGCGGCGGGGGAAGGGAACACGCACUUUGCUAUGCGUUACAACGUUCUCAUUCCUGUGAUGCAGUAUUUUGUGCUCCAGGUAAUGCUGGGAUUGCUAAUUCAGGGAAUGCCACUUGCAUAUCAGAUCUUGACAUUUUAGACAGUUCAGCUGUCAUCUCAUUUUGUCGGCAGUGGGGAGUUGGGUUGGUUGUGGUAGGUCCAGAAGCUCCUUUGGUUGCUGGUCUUUCAAAUGACCUUGUCCAGGCUGGGAUCCCAACUUUCGGCCCUUCAUCAGAGGCUGCGGCAUUGGAGGGGUCAAAGGAUUUUAUGAAGAAGUUAUGUGACAAAUAUGGAGUUCCCACUGCAAAGUAUCGAACAUUUACAAAUCCUGCAGAUGCAAAGCAAUACAUUCAAGACCAAGGUGCGCCUAUUGUUGUCAAGGCAGAUGGGUUGGCUGCGGGAAAAGGAGUUGUUGUUGCUAUGACUUUAGAAGAGGCAUAUGAAGCUGUUGAUUUAAUGCUGGUGAAGGGGCUUUUUGGGUCUGCUGGUUGCAGAGUCAUAAUUGAGGAAUUCCUUGAAGGAGAAGAAGCUUCAUUUUUUGCUCUGGUGGAUGGUCAGAAUGCAUUACCUCUCGAAUCUGCUCAGGACCAUAAACGAGUCGGUGAUGGUGAUACGGGACCAAAUACAGGUGGGAUGGGGGCAUAUUCCCCUGCACCCAUAUUAACGAGAGAGCUUCAAUCGGUCGUCAUGAAAACAAUAAUCCUCCCAACAGUGAAGGGAAUGGCUGCAGAAGGUUGCAAGUUUGUUGGUGUCUUGUAUGCAGGGCUUAUGAUUGAGAAAAAAUCCGGUCUACCUAAGCUUAUCGAGUACAACGUUCGCUUUGGUGAUCCAGAAUGCCAGGUUCUGAUGGUUCGGUUGGAAUCCGAUUUGGCACAAGUUCUGCUUGCAGCUUGCAGAGGAGAAUUGGGUCAGGUGUCAUUGAAUUGGUCACCAGGAUCGGCCAUGGUAGUGGUGAUGGCUAGUCAAGGUUACCCUGGGGCGUACAAGAAGGGGUCUGUGAUCAGAAACCUUGAAGAAGCGGAGCUUGUCGCUCCAACUGUAAAGAUAUUUCAUGCCGGAACUGCACUUGAUUCCGAUGGUAACUUCAUUGCAGUCGGGGGUCGUGUGAUUGGGAUCACGGCCAAAGGGAAGGAUAUCGAAGAGGCCAGAGAUAGAGCUUACCAAGCAGUCGAAGAAAUAAACUGGCCGGAAGGGUUCUUCCGGCAAGAUAUUGGUUGGAGAGCACUUCCCCACCAGCCUUUCGCGAAGAAAGGGUAAUUCUGUCCUGUUUGUGAGGUUAUUAUGGAUUUCUAACUUAUGACGAUGUCUAUCACAGUAGAAUCAUCCAAAUAGGAAGAUGGGCCUUGAAAGCCCAUGAGAGGAUCAGGCAAAAGAAAAUGGGAAGAGAGUGUACAACUGAUUGACCUCUGAUUGCUUCCAGAGAUCUGGCACUGGCUGUUGCCGAUAUGAUACAUCGAAUUAUUAUUUUCAUUGUCGUAUAUUUCAUUGCUGUAUUGCGACUACGUGGAUGGAAUGAUCAUGUACAACCAUAGCAUGGUAAGCCUAUCAUCCUACACAGUUUUCCCGUGAGUGGUUUGUUUGCCAGGUGGAUCACACCUGUAUGUUGGGUCAUAUUUUGUUUGCCCAUUGAUUUUGAUUGUGUGACCAACUGAUGAGUGGAUCGGCGUGAUUUCGGCUGUGGCUCCGAUCUUUUGCACGGGUUCAGAUGUACUAUGCAUAAGAUGUUGGCAGGAGAAAACUGGGUAGCAUGGUUAGCUUACCGCACUAUGGUUGCAUGUGAUUGAUCCUAUUCCCUUACAAUUUAUUAUGAUAUUCUGCUCACCAAUUUCUGCAGGGAGGAUUAUAACCUCACAUCUUUA